AUGGUUUCGAAACUCGUUCGAUUGACUAUUCUGUUGACGAGUACAGUUUUUGCAUUUACCCUUGUUGUUCUACUUGGUUCGAAUUUAUAUCGAAAGAAAGAAAUCGUUCGUGUUAUUCAACCAUCCGCAGCAGCCAAGUUAGGUCCCGAAUUACAAUCAAUGAAAGAGGACAGUGUACAGUCAUUUCCAGUCGCGUACAAUUCGACUCAUCUUUGGUCAAUGCGUGUCGCAGAUAAAGAACAUUAUCGAAUUGUUAACCUUGUUCCAUGUCGGGACGUGUUUUAUCAUGCUCAUCGUGGUACUGGAAUAAACGAGACUAUGAACCAUUGUAAUGAGAAAACUCGAGAAGAAUUUUCAGUUGAAUCAACAUUACAAGCGCAACAGUGGAUAUUCAAUCAUCAAAAUCCAAUGAACUGUCAGAAUAAACGAUUUGCCAUUAUACAUAAAUAUGCUUGGUCUGGAUUUGGAUCGACUAUACAUCAAAUUGUAUGGGCAUUGGCGACAGCUAUAGGUAACGAUCGAAUUGCUGUUUAUCAAAAGCCAGGAGGUUGGCAAUACGGUAGCUGUGAAUGGAGUAAUCCUGAUUGUUUGUUUCUUCCAAUUAGUAAUUGUUCCGUUCCUACGCAAAUCGAUGGCACGCAAGUAAUCCGUCUCGCAGCUGAUAUCGAUCACUGGUAUCGACCAGCUUAUCCAUCCGUAUUCCAAAAACGUUCUUUCAAUUGGUAUCGUUCUCAACUGUUAUUCUAUCUGAUGCGAUUCAAUGCUAAGAUAUUAGCACAUAUCCAAAACACUGUUGCUCGAGAUUUCGUUCCGCCAUCGAUCGAUUUUCAUCGUCCAUACAUUGCUAUUUAUAUUCGUCGAUCGGAUAAAGUGAAUAGGGAAAUGGGACGAGCUUUUACUCUACAGGAAUAUUUCGAUUUAUUCAAUGCGGAUGCUCGUCGAGCUCAAAUCUCUACAGUUUAUAUCAACUCCGAAGACGACAGUGUGUUCAGCGAAUUUGAAACGGUAAACAAGAAAUACGGAGGAUAUUAUAAAUUAAUCCGAAUCAAAGCAGAGAAAAAUAUCGUCUUCAUGACAUUGAUGGGUAUGGACACGAACCAACGUGGAAAGAUCGUUUUAGAAUUUCUCACUGAUCUCUACAUUGAAGCGAAUGCUGAUUUACAUUCAGGAACAUUAACAUCGAACUGGUGUCGAUUAGUUGAUGAAAUGCGAUUUGUACUUGGGAAAAUGUUACCGUUUUACACUCCUGAACAUAUAUAUCACAGUGAUGUGUAA